AUGUCACAGACCUGCGACGUCGAUCCCGCCCUCCUUGAAAAGCUCGAAGCCUUCCGCUUCGCCAAGCGCUCCAAAGGAAACGCCACCAUCAUCUGCAAGAUUAACAAGGAAGGGUUGCUGAUUGUCGAGGAGCAUGAUCAGGACAACCUGUCGAUAGAUGCAUUGGCCCACCUCUUGCCCGACAACACUCCUCGUUAUAUCGUUCUCAGCUACGAGUUGAAGCACGAUGACGGAAGACAAUCCUUCCCCCUCGUAUUCCUCUACUACUCCCCCAAUGGUGUCAAGCCCGAAUUUAACGUGCUCUAUGCCUCUGCAAAGACCUACUUCCAGAACAAGGUCGGACUCGGCAAAGUCUUUGAUCUCCAGGACUCCGAUGACCUCACUGAUGCCUGGUUGCGCGCCAAGCUUCUCAAGUAA